UGGCUUCUUUCCACAUUUCAAAGUUUUUAGGGAAUCAUUUAAGCAGUUGUGUGUGUUUUUGUUUUCUGUUCAAAUGCUUCAAUUACACUCAAUAAUAUUUGGGAUAUUUGACAUGGUUUCUCUUCUGUUUUUUUUUGUGCUGGUGAGAGCUCAUUUUACUGUAAUUGCAUCCAAUCCAUGCCUGCCAUUAUCCGGACUGUGUACCGAAGGGGUCAACUGCACACUUCACAAAGCCCACUUCCCCUUCAGCGGCACAAAACCCGACCCGGGCUGGUGUGUUCACCAAUGGGAGCAAGUGGUCCCCAGUGACUACAAUGGCACGAUCAGUUUGAAGUACGAGUCCUAAUUCUGUUUUUCAAGUUUUCCUUUUCUUAUUAUUGCAUAUAGAGCUCGUGCACCUACGUCACCAAUCUCACGUGACUGGGCAUAUUGCCAGUCAAACAAACCAUUCGUCAAUGCCGACUCGGUUGGAGAGGACGCAAAAAUACAUCUUAUAGCACGACGCGCAGAGUUUUGUCCGAUACCGUUAAACUUUUAGAAGGUGAUAAUAAACGAAGGUACGUGGAAAAAUGAGAGACACUUGGCAUAGAGGACACAUUUAAUGCCAAAGUCGAUGUUUUCGCCGAUAAGAAAGUGGACUCCUAACUCGCUUCUGCUUGUCUUGGACAACUGGAUCUACACAUGGAUCUGGUUAGUAAGUCUUCAAGAUUUACAUAGAAGACUUUGAAAGCGUAUAAAAGUCUGGACGCAUACAAAUACUUUGUUACUGGAUCGGUUCUCAAUCAAAAAUAAAUCCCACAUAUGAUGAUGUGAUGGAGGCACUCAGAUUGUUUCAAUACAAAUACCAAUAUUUAAAUAAAUGACCCCUGGUUUUACACAAACCCGCAUUCAUUAACUAUGAUUGGAAAAAACAAGACGACAGCGUGUUGCCUCCUCUGUACACGGAAGUGUAUCGCUGCCACACAUAAACCUCUCUGUGACAGAAGGUUUAUUUUCUUUUUUUAAAUACGCAUUGUUCUCAAAUGAGUCAAUUUGACAUUAUAGAUGCUGAUUGGUCAUUUGAGAUUAAGAAUAAUUCCUACCUGAAAUUAAAUGAUCCCUACACAGUCGUGUGUAUUUGCUUGGGCACCAUCCAUCACAUUUAAUUGCCGAAAUCCCUCGCUCUUUUCUCAUCUUUUCAUCUGAUAUGCUAUAGAAUAAUCUCUUUGAAGAACUGUCUCGUCUGUUGUGACAACCAACAGCACAACAGAUCUCCGGUAUUGUAAAUAUUCUACUCCGUUUCAAUGUCUCCCACAAUGUCAAGCAGCUCUGUUUGCCCGGCAAUAUGGUGCUGUGAAAAUGGUGACGUCACGUGCACGAGCUCUAUAAACACUAUGAAAUUGUGCAUGGCCCCCAGAUAAAAACAUCAACAUUCAAUCAUCAGCAAAUGCGCAAAAAAUGAUUGAUUCAACAUUUAAAAGUGCUUCAGUAAAAAUGUUCUUUGUUUUCAAAUAACAAAGGCAAUAGAAAGCUACCUUAAAGCCCAAGUGUCAUCACUAUAAACAAUAUAAAAUAGAUAUUGUAAUGAAAAAUACAGCGCGUCAUCCAUGCACAAAGUUGCACAAGUGUCAUUCUACGAUAUCCAAGUGGUCGCCAUAUUGGCUGCAUCCUCCGUCCGUGACGUCACCCAGCCAUUCGCCAAUGAAAACACGCGGUGCACCCUAACUAUGGGAUUCAAACGCAUCCCUUCUGACACGGAAGCGCUUUUCAAAAAGGAGAACACCACACAACCGAGUGAAGUUACCGGGGCAAUAUUACACUAUUGUUUUGAGCCAUAUUCAGAUGAUAUGGGAUCACCGCCAAACCGCAUCCACGUCCGAUCCACUUCUGCGGCGGAGAUGAGCCAUCACGGAUGAGGGGGCCGGUGUGGCUUAUGACAGAACCGAGCGGUCCUGCUUUAGGGGGAUGUUCACAGACGCCGCUGUACUGAGUAACACAGUCGAGCCGUGCGCUUUAUGCGCGCAAGCGGCUGAGUUCUUCAGAGUCGCCCCCGUCCACAAAGCCCGACGAGCAGCCUUCGCAGAAGCAGUGACCGCUGAACUUGGCGCCUCAGCCGGUGUAGCUGAUUUUCGGCGCCAUGGUGGCAUAUAAUGGAGUAGAGUCGUGCUGCUUUUAGGGGGAUGUUUAAAGCCUCCGCAGUACUUGUUGAACACCGUCGAGUCGGGGCGCAUUACUGCAUACCUGUUAUUUGGAACCCACGAAGCUCUCGUCCUCUGCACCCGUGCAAUCCAUUUUUCACAACGAACAGGGUCUCUUUCAAACUUAUGAAGGGUAAUUCCAUUCUCCUGAGUGUUCAAGCAAUGUCCAGCAAUGCAAUGAGCCGCCAUUUUGGCUAACAUGAAGGAACAACGAGCUACCUUCCCGGAGGUUAAACUGAUGGAAACAAACGAGUCCACUUGGGGGCGCCGCUGUCCGGUAUGUCACUUCCUGCUUCUUCUCGAAAACAAAUCCCUCGAGAGGAUUUUCAUGGCGGGAGUUACAAAAAGAUGUGUACAUCAAAAUAACGUUUUGUGGUGGAAAAAAAACGCAUGGGCCCAUAUUGGCUGGCGUUUUUUCAUUAAUGACAUACUAAAAAUCAUCCAUUUCGUGACAGGAGCCCUUCAAAAAAAAAAAAGAUUCCUUUCCCUGACAUCUCAUGUGCUGGUGAUGAUGAUGUCUGUUGGGGAUUCGGACAGUGACAGGCUUUCCAGAAAAAAAUUGUUGAUGAAUCACGUGAAUUGACCUGUCUCGCCUCUCUGAAGGCAAAAGAGUAAAAAGAGUGAUGACUUCGGUGUGAAGUGUUUGUACUGAUGGUGGUCCUGGCUCUAGUGUGAUAACUGGUGUCGGCAAUGUCCUGUAAUGACGGAACAGGGGAAACCAAUUACUUUUUUUGCAGUUCUUACUACUCUUUGUAGUGUUUUUUUUUUUUUUUUCCCUGUCCACAACUGAGCAGGCUGCAUACCACGGCGUAAUGCAGGCUACCAGCGGUCUCUGCCAGAUGUUGAUUCUUUUUAAAAUCCUGAGGAAGUGAAUACAUUGCCUGGCCUUUUCAACAUUGGCUGCGGUAUUCUUAGUCCGGGAGAGGGUGUCUGUCCUGUAUCUCCUGAGAAAUUGAAAACUUUACGUGAAGUAUUUCCACACAGUCACCAUCGAAGAAAAUGGGGGAUGGGUCAGCUCUGCAUUUGCUUAAGGCCAACGUACACUCCAGAACCUCCUUCCACGUAUUAAUGAAGGUGACGCCUCAGCUACGUGCAAACAAUGGGAAAUUCAAUCACCCUGCUUAUGUUGGCCUGCCUCCUCCAAUAAGGGCACGUGAGAAAUGCAGUCAUCACAUCCGACUGUCGGUGAAAGAUCUGGAUGGAGACGAAGUGCGAUGCCGUUUUGCCAUGGAAGAACAAGGGGAGUGUCUCGACUGCACUCCCCACUCUUUUAUAGAGUUGUCCAAGGACGCAUGUGCAUUGAAAUUCACCUGAACUGCACCAGUUGGGCAGUAUUCCAUCUACCUGAUGGCAGAGGACUACCUCCCUACCCCCAAAGUGAGCCAAGUCAGUGAGAGGCAACCCCUCAGCUCUGUGCCUGUGCAGCUGUCCCUUUCUGAAAUCGCAGUUGUCGGCCAACCUGGGCUCAUUAAGUAUGACUUGACUUCAGCCGCUGGCGUGUCACAAACGUCCAUGUCCUGGGUCCGUGGGGAAGACACUCUCUCCAGUGUUCUCCCUGUGUGUUUUGUUGCCAAUUCCAUGAGAUGCAAAGUUAUCAACACAACAAAAGAGAUUAGAGCAACAAGCAACACAAAGAUCUAUCGCCUUGAUUUGACCACCAUGGUAGAAAAUAUGAUGUAUGUCAAGUGCGAGGUCGAUUUGUGCAUCGCCUUCCUUCCUUCCCAGACUUGCACAACACCCUGCAACACGGUCUCGGUGCAGCAGGACAAAAUCAAGGUCCUGCAACUGCUACUAUAGUUGAAGCAGUCACCAUCAAAUCAAGUGGUAAGAUACAUCCUCAAAACACGGCAUAGAUUUAGAAGUUUGACUCUUGAAUCAGGCCUGCUUUUGUGGGGCACAUAUAUUCUCCCCUUGCUAAAGUGUCCAUAGGUGUGAAUGGGAGCGUGAAUGAUGACUUCAGUGUGUAUAUUCCUUGUGAUUGGUAAAACAUGUGGAAUUUCCUUU